UGACUUUGGGCUUCUUGGUGACUGGGCUGCCCUGGUGUGUGGCAGGAUGUCCUCCUACGGGCAGCUGGUGAGCGCCCGCUGCGCCUCCCCCUGCGAGGUGUCGUGUCCCCAGCCCUACGUCCACUGCUGCAACGAGCCCUGCGUGGCCUCCUGCGGGGACUCCAGAGCCAUUGUCUACGCCCCACCCGUGGUGGUGACAUUCCCGGGGCCCAUCAUCAGCUCCUGCCCCCAGGAGAGCGUCGUGGGAACGGCCAUCCCGGAGAUUGAGGGAGGGGGAGGCUCCGGAGGGGGAGGGAUAGGGUCUGGAGGGGGAGGCUAUGGAGGGGGAGGGGGAGGGAUAGGGUCUGGAGGGGGAGGGAUAAGUUCUGGAGGGGGAGGAUAUGGAGGGGGGGGAUAUGGAGGGGGGGGCUAUGGAGGGGGAGGCUCUGGAGGGGGGGGCUAUGGAGGGGGGGGGAUUUGCUCUGGAGGGGGAGGCUCUGGAGGGGGAGGGAUGGGCUAUGGAGGCUCCUGUGGUGGAGGUGGGGGCUCCUAUGGAGGGGAGGGCUCCUGUGGUGGGGGGUUCUCCCGCUGGGCGAGCGUUUACAGGAACUCCUAUUUCUCGGGGCUGGGUAGGAAUUCUUACCCCUAUUUUUCCAGAGGGUACUACAGGUCUCGCUUUGGGCCUUUUUAACCCUCUGAGAGAGAGGGAUGUCCAAAGGAAAAAUAGGAUCUCGACCAGUAGCUGACCCAGCCAAGCCAGGCAGCCCCUGCUCCAGCUGCUGCGCUCGGAGCCGGGGUUGUUGGGCUCUCCCUGCGCUUUGCCCAAGGCUUUGGAUCCCACUGUGCCUCCCUGUGUCCCCUGUGUUGUGUUUUGUACUCCCUGAACCCGAAGAGAGUCAAACAAGUCCCGGGGCUGGGCCGUGGAAGUGUCCAGCUGGUGACCAGAACGUCCCGGGAGCACCGAGCUCCUCGGGAGGACGAAGGACUGGGAAUGUCGUUCUCUGGGUCCACGUUGCCUCAUCCCCCCAGACUCUAUUUCACUUUUUGUCGGUAUUAAAGCCCUGUUGCAUCACA